GCGGUGCAGACGCGCGGCCGCGCGCCCCGCCCGGCGGGCACGCGCAGCGCGGGGAGGCGGCGGCGGCGCCCGGGCGCGGCGCGGCCGCGGGAGCGGGGGCGGGUUUAUGGCGGCGGCCCUGUCCGCGCUGGCUGCCAGGCUCUCCCAGUCGGCCGCGGCCAGGUCCUACGGCGUCUUCUGCAAGGGGCUCACCAGGACUCUCCUCAUCUUCUUCGACCUGGCCUGGAAGCUCCGCAUCAACUUCCCCUACCUCUACAUCGUCGCCUCUAUGAUGCUCAACGUGCGGCUGCAGGUCCAUAUUGAGAUCCAUUGACUUGUGACUUGGUGUGCUGCUUCUGCUGUAUGCUGCAAGUCACACUCUUCUUCAAGUCCAGCCUGUUGUGAAGCAGCAAAGCUGUGCUCGUGUGCUCUAGGACUAUGAGGAAAGAAGAUUUUAUCCAGAAACGAGUAUGUGACAAUGGCCCAGAUCAUCACAAGCCAGCAGCUCACCUGACACAUGUGCAUUCCAUGUUGGACAGUUCUCAAAAUCACAGCAGCAGUUUACAAGAAUUAUAUAACACCAGGAAUUGUUCUGUUUUUAAUACUAUACCUCCGUCUUCUGUUGGCAAGGAAAUGCCUCUGAGUUUCAGUGAAUCAGCAGGGAUGAACUCAAGUGCAGCUGCUCCUUGGAAGGAUUCAUUUCAUCUGCAUUUUCCUUCUGGGAAAGACAGUCUCGAUAGGGUUUCUCACUGCACUGGUGGCAUUUCAGUAACAGGCUGGCUGGAAGAAGCUUGUAGCAUUUCUGGAGACUUCAGCUCAUGCUGCCCAGGAGACAACUUUGUAUAUUUUGCACAAUUCUGGCUGGGAAAUUUGCAGUACAAUAAAAACCUGUGCUUUCUGGAAUUAGAAAUGAGCAGUAGCAAAGAGAAUGAUUUGCAGUUUGUAUUUUUUAAAGCAUUGCAGCUUGGUGGACUUCCUGAUCCCUGUUCUAAUCCAAUUGCCUCUGUGAACAACUCUGCUAUGGGACUCUCAAACAAGCAGAAACCACGUUUUUUUCUUUGUCAUUUAAACCUUGUAUCAUCAGAGCAAACACUUGGAUACGAGCAAAUGCUUUUGAAUAUACAAUAUGUGACUAGUAAUUCUCACAUCAUACAGCUAGUAAUCUCUGUGGUAGCUUUUGCACUAGCAAGUCUCUGGUAUUCAGUAGUGAAGGUAAAAAAGUACUGAGAUUUUAAUUACUAUUUUUAAUAUUAGCGGAAAACAAAAGAGACAAGGUUACAGUUCAGGUUUUAGUGAGAAUUAGCUGAAGUAAAAACUAUAGGUGUAUAAUUGCUAGUUAAACUGGCUGUUGGAAGAAUAGGGACUUUUUUUUUUGUAAGGAACCACUGCAUCUGAGUGUAAAGAACUUCAGAAUCUUCAGACUCUGGGACUUCUGCAGGUCUGCUGUUAACACUAAACUAGAACCCAAUUUGAUUAGCACAGAUCCUUUGUUUUCUAUAGAGUUUGUAUUAGUGGAGUGUUCUGCCUACUACUAUUUAUACCCAUUUCCAAUGAAACUUGUUUCUUGUAGAAUUGAAUUCCUGCUCUGAAUCCAACAGCAGCUAAUGUAUCAGUCCUUAGAACACUUUGAACUGGAAAGCUGUUGGGAGGGUGGUCUUCAAUACAGCAUAAUUCUCAGCAGUGUUCCUUUCCAAGGAAGGUACUGCUCUAAUUUAACAAGGUCUUGUGAGCUUUAUUCUGCUACAAUAGACACUGUAAACAAUUUUCUAAAACUUUUUUUUUCCUUGAAAAAGUGAUUGUUACUGCUGAAGUACAGUAAUAACUUCUGGGCCUGUUGACUUUGGCUUUGGGACAGGCUUCUGACAAUGAGGUUUGCCCAAGAACAGGGCAGGAAUGCUGGAACCCAUAAAGCUGCUGGUGAAUAGAAUUUUGAAGAAUAGGCUCCUGUUGGCACUUCAGUGGAGGAACUCACUGUGCAGUAGGUCAGACUUUGAACUCAGUGUCCAAAAUUCUCAGCAGGGGCAUUGCUGUAGAUGUGCUCUGAGGGUUCACAUAAAGAGGGAGGUAUUGGUGUGUGGGUUAGGAUGCAUUUUCAGCUUCCCCUUGACUGUGACUUAAAAGUAAGGAUGUAAUGUGAAGCAAAGCCAUGGCAGGUUUCACACACUUGGUAUCCUUUUUGCCAGCUGGUCUUGCUUCAUCUUGGAAGGAGAGGAAGUGAUGUUGCAUUUAGUUGCAUAUACUAAACUUACCUGGAAAGCCAGUAGAGUUUCCAGUGUGGUAGGUACUGGACUGUUGGCACACAUGUGUAGAGAAAUCCUUGAUCAUGAAGAUGAGAUGCUGGUUAUCAGUCUUAGGGAGAGAAGUGUUGAAAUUUUUAAAUCUUGUUUGAGUGCUGAAAAUAAGAUACAUUACUUUUUAUGUUAAAUUUUAUGUUGUGUUUUCAUGAUCCCCGUUGCCUGAUUGUUUCUUUUGGAUGCUAAGAGACAAAAGGUCACUUACUUUAAUUUAGAAAAUAACUUUUCCCUGGUGUGCAUUUAAAUGAUUAACUUGUAGACUUUUGACCAUGCAAUUACCUGUCACGAAGUGACCGAAAGCCCCAGAAUAAUUCUGGAUUAUGUAUUGUAAGUAAUUCUCACAGGUCCCUCUUAGUCAAGCCAUUCAUUCUCAUCUCCACUGCUGGAAAUUAUCAGCUGUGUAGUGAGUGGCCAUUUGAGAUUCCUGAAGUGAUGUGGGUCUGACAUCCCAGAACACCAGAAGCAAAGACACUUCUCCUGAUGUGUGUGGCUUGGAGUUGUGGUGUUAAGCUGCUGUCUGCCUGUAUCUUGACCCAAAAAAACACUUAGCAGAGCUGAGGGCAGAGGAAUGAAGGCAGGGAGGGGCUGGAGCCUGUUUGAGCUGGCCUGAUUGCUAAAGACAAUGUUAUGCAAGUCCAUAUUAAUCUCUAAGCAGCUCCACAGGUACAGCCAUAUCCUCCCUGCAUGGUCAGCCUUACCUUCAGAUGUGCAUGAACACAGUCCUGCACCCAAAACUUGGGUGCUUGGACUUCCUGUACAAAGGAUCAACUGGCACAGCCGUGCCUGCAGUUGUUACUUGAGACCCUGUUCAUGCAGCUGACUGGUUUGGCCUGGAACAUUCUCUCUGUAUGUCAUUUGGGGACUGCAUGUUUAGGGAACCACAGUUCUAUACAAGAACUUGUAGGUGAGAUUGGCAGGUUAAUAGGCAAGAGUAAAAGCAUAAAAACAUCAAUCGGGUUUUUAAUGCACCUUUUUUUCAUGCUGAUUUCAAAGAGGGGGGAAAUGAAAUAUGAGAGACACCACCAAUAAACUAGAACUUAAAUGUGUGUACAGCAGAGUGCCAAGGGUUUUCUCCUUAUUGAUGACAAGCCUCUGGAGGAGGAGAUUUUGGAAUAUUGAAUUGUGUUACGUAUCACAGUCCAGCUAAUACAGUCCUGUUUUAAGCAAAGUCUUGUUUGAGUGCGUGGCCUUUCAUCACUUAUUACAGAAUCACCUUAAAUACAAUACAGCUAAGUGAAAUGAUGGAUGUUUGUUGUGUAUUAUAUGUAUAUUGAACAUAAGAUACAAAGAAUACUUAAAUAAGUGGAUUUAAUCCAUUUUAAGAUAGUUUAUGUACCUUGCCUUGAAUUUUAUUGCUUACAACCUAAAAGGUAAUUUUAACUUGAACAUUCCUUCUGAAAUUCAAAUAAAGCAUAGUUUGAUAUGUUAAAAUCUCAUGUAAUAUACUGCACUUUAAGCCUGGGGAGGCCAUGGAUUGAAAGCGCUGUUCUUGCACUGAUAGAACUGCCUGCCCUGACUGAGACAAUGUUUAAAUGGCUUUUCCUGUUUGGAGGGAGAAUAGGGAACCUGAAGGAUGGCAUCCAUCCUUUGCAAUUAUACAUAAAUCUAACACUAUAUGGUUUAAGGCCACUGUUCUCUUCCUACAGAUGUUUUGAUAUUAACUCAUCUCAAAAGAUGGAAGGUGUCUUGGCCAAGAACCAGUUUGUGUGGAGUUUCCAAUGUGGAAAACUUGCCUGAGUUAAUGUGCUGUUAGGGCUGUCUCAGAUGAUGAUUAUAGUACAGAAAAACAGCAUUCUUAGAAGGGGUAAGGGACGUUUAUACUCAACCAGGAGUUGCCUUCAUAUUUCUGUAUUUUUGUCUCUCAUCCUUCUCUAGGAAGAGGUUAUUUCUAAGCAAAAUGUCAGGGUUCUACUAAACAACUUGUGCUAUCUGAAAUUUCAUUGUUCAGUGUCCAGAUCCUUCCUGCACUACAUAGCAAAGUUUUAUUUCUGCCAUUAGAAAAAAAAUAUAAAAAUACUCAAUAUUUAGAGAAUUUCCUAGUAGUUACACUUGAGUGAAAAUUUACUAUAUGGUAAAUUGGUGUACUGCUUUGAAAAGAAAAUAUACUUUAAAAUGUGUGUGCGCAGAGCUCUGCAUGUAGAUAAAAAGUGUUUUACCACAGUAUGAUGUUGGGAGAUGCUUAUGCCAAUGCUUAUUUACUUUCUGAUGUUGCAGUGCAAAAUGCAGUAGAGAUGGUGGUGUUACUUCUCCUUGUGGUUUUAGCCAGUGCAAUCUCAGCAAUCGUGUGUCUGCAUCAUCCUGCACAGGGGAAAAACAGUUGUAGCUGUAAACACCUUUUAGCCUUUUGCUUUUUCAGUGUUGGGUUUGGUUUUGCUGUUGUUUGAGGCUUGGUGGUUGUUUGUUUGUUUGUGGUUUAUUUCCCUCUUUUGUUCAAGUUAUUAUUAGGACUGUAAAGACAGCACUUUCUUAAACUUUGCCAAAGUUUGCUUCCUUUCUCCUUCUCUCCACUUUUGCCCCUUACAGGUAUACACAUUUCAAUUUUGGAAGAAGCAAGCCUGCAUGUACUCUCCUAAUAUAUAAUCUUAUUGUCAGGUUGCUCCUUUUGGUUUUAUGGCCUGGUCAAGCAUAUAUUUCUCUCCCUAUAAUUUCUCAGCAUAAGCAUAUGCUGAUAUUUUGUUCCACCUCAGAAACAUUGUCCUGUAAUUAAUUAUGCACAACAAACUGACAGAAAGCAUGUAGAGAUGUAAGAGUCCAUAGUCUCUCAUUAGGGUGAAUGACAGGUGGUAUAACUGACAGAGCAGUAUGUAGUCAAUGUGACACAUUUCUGCUUUUUUUCUCUUCAAAACAGCUGCUUGAAUUGAAAUCCAAUAUUUAAUUUGAGUAUGUGAUACCUCUGACAGCUGAGAGUUGGAGCUAGAAUUUGGAGUUUACAAAAUACAUUAAGAUUACAACUUAGUGGAACUUUUCAAAAAAUUAAAGAUAUUCACAUGAAUAUUUUGAAACCUUUUUUUUUUUGCCCUAAGAGUGCACAGAAUAAAAUGUGUUCUGCCACUUGUUUCUGUGAUGCAGAGGCAGUAACUGGGGCAGGGGGAGAACUCUUUUUUGACUGCAGAGCCUCUAAUCUUCAAGGAAGAGCUGCACUUGAUAGAAUUUUAAAAUAAACCAAAUGCUGUCUAUGAGAAUACUGAUUUUUAUGAUCAACUGUCAUACUUUAAUUACAAGGUCACAGGUAUCAAUCUCAUGACAGUGUGAAAACAAGAGUAAUAAAUACAGAAGUCCUAGAAUAAUGCUGUCCUUUAUCAGCCUGCACUGGUAAAAGCAAAUCCUAUUUUGAAAUUAAUCCUCUACUGCAUCCCAAAAUCUGAAUUAUCUUAGUCUUUUUGGAAUUAGUGAUAUAAGAUGGUUAUUUCAUUGUUAAUGAUGAAAUAGAUUUUAAAGCUAAAACAUUUUUGAAAAUGACCAGAGGUAAUUCCACAAAGAAAAUCUGCUUUGAAAAGAUUCAUUUUAUUUGUGUGAUCUCUAUAUAUGUAUAGUCUGUUUUGCAAAUUCUUUCCUUCUUUGUGGAAGAUCAGUAUAAACCUGAUAGCAAAAGUGGUCAAACCCCAAACUUGCACAAGUAUCAGUGUUUAAUUUUCUCUUUGUAGUCAAUUUUAGCUAUUAUCAAACAUAAUACCUAAAUGUAAUUUAAGCUUUUAUUCUUAAAUUAGGGAAAUUGAAUAUUUAGUGCCUGAUUCAUCACUUGAAGUUGAGUGAAACCAUUUCUUGAAAAUGGGUUCUGCUACCUGAUGGUGACUAAUUUUCAAUGCUGAUACUCAAUACUUCCUGUAAACUGUGAUAUCAUCCCUGCAGAAAAAAAUUAGUCUAUGGCCUUUGGUCCUAUUUUUUUUUUUAUUCUUACUAUUUUUUAUUGUAAUGUGGGAGGUGGAGGCUGGCACAAACCAUUUUUUUUUAUUUUGUUCCAGAGAAAUAUGUUUACAGCUUUGUAUGUAUUUUAAAAAUGUAUUGUGACACUUUUAACUUGGGAGAGAAGUUUCCAUAGUAGACUUGAAACCUGACUAGAGACUUUGGAAUAUCAGCAGUGCUCCCCAAGCUGCCAGAAGCUGUUGACUGCAAAGCUGCUCACUCACACCACAGGAGGGAGUUACAUAUCAGCCUUUGGAGUAUUUUCAGUUAUGGCAUUGUUAGUACAUCUUAGUACAGUGCAUUUCAGUUUGCCUUGUCUUAUGGAUUGUCACUGCAAAUAGGUUAAUGUACAAAAUCAAUACACAGCCGUAAUGUAUUGUAACUGUUUACAACUGAACUCAGAGUACCAAUGGAUGGGUUUUGUCAAGCUAUUUAAAAACAAAUAAAAAUCUUUUUUAAAGGA